AUGAGGGUGCAGCCAAGACGUGAGGCCAAACGGCCGCGCCUGCAGCUGGGAAAAUCCGAUGCUGGCGUGGUUGCUGAUGGGGUUGAUGGGGUUUCCCUGAGUGACUCGCACUCGAGCAGCAGUGGGAGCGAUGCUGACCUUGCUGAUGCGCAUGGCGAUAGCGAUAGGCGAAGUAGCCAACAGCAAGCAGGCGGGCAGGGAGGGGUGGAAGGUGUCGGUGGGGGAGAGGGAGGAGGGAAGGGGGACGCAGCAGGGCAGGCAUGUGGGAGAGGUGAGAGUGAGGGGACGUGGGUGGUGCAGCGACACUCGCAUGGGGCAGAGGAGCAACAGCAUGACUGCCCUCGCCAUGCCUCGGGUGAAGCCUAUACGGCAGCAGCAAGCACAGGGCAGAGGGGAGCACCGUACAGCUCCCUGCAUGCGCUCAUGUAUGGAGGGGGGUUCUGUGUGGGGGAGGAGCAGCACGGGGAGGGGCAGGUGGCAGAGGCAGGGGGGAGGGAAAGGGGAGAGGAAGAGCAACAGCUGUGGAUGGAGCAGACGGGAGGAGUGGAAAGGGAAGAGAUAAGGGGUGUUGUGGCAAGUAAUGAGGUCUCUGGUGCUUCGGGUGGGUGCAGAGAGAUGGGGGAGGAGAUGAUGGGCGGGAGGGAAGGGGUGGAUGCGGAGAGAGGGAGCAAGGGGGGUGGUGGUGCGAUGGUUGAUGUACCCACAUCACACAGUGACCAGUCUCUCACCCUUGCCUCAUUGGAGCCAUCUUCUUCUACUCCUGCUGCACCUCCUGCACCGGACCCCCACCGUGCUGCCAUGGGACCUCUGCUGCCCGCCCCCUUGCGCCGCAAGAAGCCCCGGCGCAGUACAGCGACCACCAGCCACGUGUCGUCUCGUCACCGCGCCACCUCUCCAUGUCGCACGCCAUGGCCCAACCGCUCGCUCUUUGCCGCCCAUCCCCCUUUAUUGGGGCGCCCGCGUCGCAAUCUCUGUCACUAUCGGCGGGUUGUGCGCGCGUGCCACGCGGUGCGGGCCCGUGCGUGCAUGCGGGCGGGCGUGCUCGCGUGUCUUCCUUCCGGCUGCAACCCGUACCCGCUCGUUGCCCCUCGUGUGUUGCGCAUACUGCAUUCCUGCGCUGCCUGCCCAACCAACCAUUCCCCGCUGCCCUCCCGCGCGCCAGCCUCCGCGGGUGCGGGCGCGGAAGACACGGGCGCGGAGGCGGCGGAGAUUGAGGCGGCGGUGGCGGUGCUGGCGGAGGCGGCGCGUAGCAAGCAGGUGAAGGGCGAGGAGGUGUUUGCGGCGCUGCGGCGGCUGGAGACGCGCAAGGUGGGCGCGGAGGAGAGCAAGGCGUGGCUGGCGGCGCUGGGAGGGGCGGCAUCGCCUGGACACAUGUGGCAGCUCGUGUUCACUGCUGGUAGCGGCGAGGUGCGCAAGGCGGCCAAGGGCGGGGAGGGCACGGGUUCGUACUUCCCCAUCGCCGCCAUCCAACGCUUCGAUGCCACCGCGAUGGAAAUAGAGAACGGGGUGUUCCUGGGUCCGGUGGGCUACCUCACCUUUCAGGGCCCCAUGGGCUUCACUGGCCGCCGCCUCGCCUUCACCUUCCACACACUCACCCUCAAGCUCGGCCCGCUGCCGCCCUUCCAGUGGGGGAUAGGAAAGGAGGAGGACAAGGGGAGGGUGCCGGGGGAGGGCAAGGCGGGCAGCAAGGACCCUUUCUUCACCUGGUUCUAUGUGGACGAUCGUAUCGCUGCUGCCAGGGGCAGAGGAGGUGGUUCUGCCUUCUGGGUGCGCUACACUGGGCCCUACAAGCAAUGA